ACUAAAUUAUCGAAAUGCUCAAAAUUAAACACAUUGCAAUUCUUUAUGCCUAUUAAGGUUUGAACAAGUAAUUAGAAUCCCAGUAGUUAUUGAAGAUUCAGCUUUGCCUAAGAGUCCUAUAAGUCUACUAGCACCAUAUGAUGAACAAUCAAAAUCCUUCAAAAUUUGAAGAACUGUCUAUCAUAACCCAAAUUCCUUUCUAACUAUUUGAAUGAUUUAAGGUUAUGGCCAAACAUCAUGAACUCAUGCCAUUUUACGCUACUCUUCUCGACACAUGUUCUUCCUCCAAAAACUUAAACAACCUCAGAAAAAUCCACGCACGCGCCAUCAUUUUCGGAAUUUCACACCAUGAUUUCAUUCGAACAAAGCUUGUAUCUUGCUACGCUUCUUGUUCCCAAUUGCAUCAAGCAAAUAUCCUCUUUUCAUUUACAAAUCGCCAACCCACUUUCCUAUUCAACUCUCUCAUUAGAGCCUAUUCAUCACUUAACAUGUUUUCUCAUUCCCUCUCUCUUUUUCGUCAAAUGGUUAUUUCAUUUAAACCCUUUGAUCGCCACACCUUACCCGUUGUGCUUAAAUCUUGCGCCGGGUUAUCGGCUUUAAGGAUUGGUCAACAAGUUCAUGGAGCAGUUUUGGUCAAUGGGUUUGGUUUAGAUUUGAAAAAUUUGAAUGCUUUGAUACAUAUGUAUGGCAAGUGUGGUCAUUUAGGUUUUGCGCGCAAAGUGUUUGAUGGAAUGUGUGAAAGGAAUGAGGUUACUUGGUCCACGAUGAUGUCGUGUUAUGGGAUGCAUGGUAGGUUUGAAGAAGUUUUUGAGAUGUUUGGUAGAAUGGUGGAAGAAGGAAAGAAGCCGGAUGGUGUUACUUUUACUGCAGUUUUGAGUGCGUGUAGUCAUGGUGGUUUUGUAGAGAAGGGGAGGGAAUAUUUUGAGAUGAUGGAGGUGAGGUUUGGUGUGAAGCCUGAGCUGAGACAUUAUACAUGUAUGGUGGAUAUGUUGGGGAGGGUUGGUUUGGUGGAAGAAGCAGAGAAGUUGAUUUUGAGAAUGGAUGUUGAGCCUGAUGAAGCUUUGUGGGGUGCCUUGUUGGGGGCUUGUAAAACUCAUGGGAAGGUUGAUGUGGCUGAGAGAGUUGUUGAGAGAGUUUAUGGGAGAGAACUGAGUGUUGUUGGAUCAUCAAUUUGAAUUCAAUAUACAUGAUUUUUGCACAUAACAAAACAAGGUUAUACUUCAUUCUUUUAUAUCUUUACUAGCGUAUGGGAUCACCCAUCAUGGGUGAUAGAAAACCCAGCUGGUAUGAAGUUUAGUUUUCUUAUACGCCACACAACUUGGUACAAUGUAGAUAAACAAACUGUGUUUUACUAACAAUGUGAUUCUUGGUGUAAUGUAUUUAGAUAAACGAAUUGUGUUUUAUUUACAACUUUUUACAUUAUGAUUUUUUGGUGUAAUGUGGAUAUGUAAAAUGUGUUUUAUUAAAAAUAUGAUUUUUCUA